CGCCGGGUGCAGGGCAGCGUGUUGGGCUCAAGUGGUUGCCUCUUGGGCGGGAAAGGGAGCAGGCGAUGGUGCCGGCGCUGCGUUACCUGGGUAGUGCCUGCGGCCGGGCGCGCGGGGGGUUCCCCGGGGCGUGCGGGCCGGCGUCGGGGAGGCCUUGGUCGCUGUGUAGGGGUGGCCGCAGCGCCAGCACCAGCUCAUUUGACAUAGUCAUUGUUGGUGGCGGAAUUGUGGGGCUUGCCUCUGCCAGAACACUCAUCCUGCGACAUCCAACACUUUCUAUUGGUGUUCUGGAAAAGGAGAAAGAUUUAGCUGUUCACCAGACUGGACAUAACAGUGGUGUCAUACAUAGUGGAAUUUAUUAUAAACCUGAAUCCCUGAAAGCUAAAUUAUGUGUACAAGGUGCAGCCCUCAUCUAUGAGUACUGUAACCAAAAGGGAAUUUCCUACAAGCAAUGUGGCAAGCUUAUAGUAGCUGUUGAACAAGAAGAAAUUCCCAGACUUCAGGCCUUAUAUGAGAGAGGCCUGCAGAAUGGUGUCCAGGGCCUGAGGCUGAUCCAGCAGGAAGAUAUAAAAAAGAAGGAGCCAUAUUGUAGGGGUCUAAUGGCUAUUGAUUGUCCAUAUACUGGCAUUGUGGACUAUCGGCAGGUGGCUUUGUCAUUUGCCCAGGAUUUCCAAGAAGCAGGUGGCUCUGUCUUGACCAGUUUUGAAGUAAAAGAUAUUGAAAUGGCUAAAGAAAGCCCUUCUAGAAGUAAAGAUGGAAUGAAAUAUCCGAUUGUUAUAAAGAAUACAAAGGGAGACGAAAUUCGAUGUCAGUAUGUUUUGACAUGUGCAGGACUUUACUCAGACCGAAUUUCAGAGUUGAGUGGCUGCAGUCCUGAUCCUCAGAUUGUUCCAUUCCGGGGAGAUUACCUGCUCUUGAAGCCAGAAAAAUGCUAUCUUGUAAAAGGAAAUAUUUAUCCGGUCCCAGAUAGCCGGCUUCCUUUCCUAGGAGUUCACUUCACACCAAGGAUGGAUGGCAAUAUUUGGCUAGGGCCUAAUGCAGUUCUUGCCUUUAAGCGGGAGGGUUACAGACCCUUUGACUUCAAUGCCAGAGAUGUUAUGGAUAUACUUAAAAAUAGUGGCUUUAUUAAACUGGUAUUCCAGAAUUUCUCGUAUGGAGUUAAUGAAAUGUAUAAAGCCUGUUUUCUUGGUACAACAGUGAAGCACCUUCAAAAGUUCAUCCCUGAAAUCACUAUCAGUGAUAUACUUAGAGGUCCAGCGGGAGUAAGAGCCCAAGCUCUGGACAGAGAUGGAAAUCUGGUAGAUGAUUUUGUAUUUGAUGGAGGAGUUGGGGAUAUCGGAAAUCGCAUUCUUCAUGUGAGAAAUGCACCUUCCCCUGCUGCCACUUCUUCCAUUGCAAUUUCUGAAAUGAUUGUGGAUGAAGUAAAACAAAGAUUUGAAUUGUAAAUAAUAAUGUAAUCUCCAUGUCAGCAACAAGAAUGUACUAAUUGUGUUCUUUAAUUUUAAGAAAAUAGUUUUUAAAAAAUCUCAUUUUUGGGUCAAAGAUAAGCACUAAAUUGUUAAAAUGACGUAACUAAGAGGUAAUAAUUUUUUAAAAAUUAAAGUCCAUACUCUUUUUGUGUGUGUGUGAAUAAAGAGGCAAGAUACAGUUGUAUCUGUCCUGACACCCUCACUUUAUUGAUGACCUGUCCUUAGCAACCAUGAUCUAGAGAACAUUUGACUUCUUUAGAAUUGGGGGGAAAAUGUCAUAAGAUAUUGGUUAUUCUCUUAAAUCAGCUUUUGGCUUUAUAAUAUCUAAACUUUUUGUCUCUCCUAGACAAGAGAAUAUAAGUUCUUCUUUUAAUUUUGAAGAUUCAUAGAAAAGCUCACAUUAUUUAGAGCAAAACAAUAUUUGUAUUUGAAAAUUAAAAAUUCUUGAUUUCAAGAAAACACAUGAAAUUUCACAUUUUAAAGUAGUUUGAGUAAGAUUCUAUCUUAGCUAUAACAUUUGUAAGAAAUAACUUUAUAAAACAAACUCAAAGCCUCUAUUAUUCUCAGUCUCUUUAUAACUGAUGUGGUAUGGUGAAUCACUAAAUAUAGACAGCAGUAUACUGUAAGUGGUUGUUGCCUACUCUUUAGUCUUUGGUGGUUGAGAAACUAAAAAAACUUAGAACUGAUAGGUUUUUAUGAGAGCAGUUUUAGAAUCCUGACACAGAUAUAUAGAAGUUUGUAAUUUUAAAAAGUUAUAUAUUGUAUCUCUGUUCUGUAGUCACACUAAGAUUCUCAGAAUGUUGGCCAAGAUCACUAAUGAUUUGUACCUACUUGGUUUUUCAGGGUUCCUAUAAGUUUUUAUAUGAAUAUUUCUCCAUUUUUGGUAAAUAUCUAACUUUGAGGCAUUCACUUUUAUAAACCGCAAAGGUGCCUUACAUUUAUGCGUAAUUCGUAGAAAUUUUAAGUUAAUUCCCAGUGCCAUACUGUAUAUUUGUGUCUGGUAUCUGUUGAAUUGAUUCUUACAAUUUAGAAAGUUGGAAAAUAGAAAUGUGAAUGAAAUUGUGGUGACCUGACUAAGGAGCUUUGGUUACAGAACCAAAUUUAUAUGAGGCAUUUUCAUCUAUCUCUCUCAUGUGCUUUCUCAGUAUUCAUCUUCUACUCUUCAUUUUUCUUUCCUAUUAUCUCUCCAAAGCUGUGUGAUGAGUGAUCACACAAAGAUGUGUGAUUUUCUUGAUGGGAAAAACUUUCUUCCUUUUCCUUUCACUUCAAGUGUUGGUGAUAACAUUGAUUGAGCUACCUCAUCCAUUAAUUUGAAGGUCUACAUAUCAUCAGCUCCUGUCCAAGAAGUACACAUCCCAGGUAAAUAGAGUAGGCAGUUAUUCGACACUUGGGAUGAUUGUGUUGAAAGCAUUCAGAAAUUGUUCACAGAAGAAAUAAGCCUAAUGGUUCUUCAUAACAGUUGAUUUCUGGAAGAAAUGCAAUACACAGGAUAUUUUCCUGUUUCAUUACAAGACUACUAAGAGAUGGAAAGUUUUAUAAUUCUCUAUUUCAUCAACAGUAAGAUUACAUACAUACUAAGCUGUGAAAAUAACUGUCCUAAUUGAAGCAGUCUUCAUUCCAUUCAAGUCUGUGCUGUCCCACCCAGAAAUAAAAGUGAAAAAUUUGUUGGAAGUGUUCUGAAUAUGUAGGUUGUAAAACAUACUUAUGUCCAUAGGAUUUUGUUUAGUACCAAUAUAAUAUUUAAAGGCUUUGUGUAUUUUUGAGAGAAGAAAAUAUAUAUUAAAAUUAAAAUAUUUUAAUGAGCUUUGAUGUUGUGGAGAACAUUUUUUAGUUCUGUAAAAACUUUUAUUCAAAUAAAUUUUCUGUGUGUAAAACAUAAACUGUUUUCUUUAGAUCACAGCCAAUCUUAAAAAAAAAUCAAAACAUUUCUACAUUUGUGCAUAAUAUAACAAUGAGGUAGAGUAGUUUAUAUUUUAAGUAAAAAGUAGAGCAUUUACAUUUUUGGUGUUUCAUGUUACAGAGCUUAUUAACACUUUUAUCCACCCAUACAUACGUAUAUCAAAGUCCUUCCCAGAGUUUGCCCUGUUUGGGGAGUUGCCUUUACUGUUGGCAAGAGUUCCACUUCCCCUGAGGCCAUUUGGAAAUCUGCCUACUAGCCUGUGGGAUAACCUUAACUCUUAGAACUUUCUUCAAAGGAUGGUGGUGAGAGUGGUGUAUACUGCCAGGCCCUGGCAAGCGGAGUUUGUUGGGCCUGCUUUUGCAGGCUGUCCAACCCUGAUGGCUGUGCCUGUGA